CUUUAAAGCUGACCCAAAAUUUGUUUUAUGGCUCUUUAAAGCUUGUGUCAGUAAAUCUCCACAUUCUUCAUUACACUCCCAAAAACAAGAAUGGCAGCCGUUUCCAAAUAUUUUUUGCUGCUUCUGCUGCUGAAUUCGUUUGCGCAGCUCGCCCGCUGCUCCGUCACCUACGACAGGAGAGGCCUCGUCAUCAAUGGCAGAAGACAAAUCCUCUUCUCCGGCUCCAUUCACUACCCAAGAAGCUCCCCCGAUAUGUGGGAAGGCCUGAUUCAGAAGGCUAAAGAUGGAGGAUUGGAUGCUAUUGAUACGUAUGUGUUUUGGAAUCUCCACGAACCUUCUCCCGGAAAUUACAAUUUUGAAGGGAGGAAUGAUUUAGUUCGGUUUGUGAAGUUGGUCCAAAAAGCAGGGAUGUAUCUUCAUCUUCGCAUUGGGCCUUAUGUUUGUGCAGAGUGGAAUUUUGGAGGCUUCCCUGUUUGGUUGAAGUAUGUUCAUGGCAUUACUUUCAGAACUGACAAUGAACCUUUCAAGAAUGCUAUGCAAAAAUUUACUGAGAAAAUUGUUGGAAUGAUGAAAGCUGAGAGGUUGUUUCAGUCUCAAGGUGGCCCAAUCAUUCUCUCACAGAUUGAAAAUGAAUAUGGUUUGGAAAGCAAGAAUUUUGGUGGUGCUGGCCAUUCUUACAUGUCUUGGGCCGCAAAGAUGGCUGUCGGCUUAGACACUGGAGUGCCGUGGGUCAUGUGUAAGGAAGACGAUGCCCCAGAUCCAGUGAUCAACACGUGCAAUGGUUUUUAUUGCGACUAUUUCUCCCCAAACAAACCUUACAAACCAACUAUGUGGACUGAGGCAUGGACCGGCUGGUUUGAAGAAUUUGGUGGGCCGAUUCACCAUCGCCCUGUUGAAGAUCUGGCGUUUGCUGUAGCUAGGUUCAUCCAGAAAGGAGGCUCCUUCAUAAACUACUACAUGUACCAUGGAGGAACAAACUUUGGAAGAACAGCUGGAGGUCCUUUCAUUACAACCAGCUAUGACUAUGAUGCUCCAAUCGAUGAAUACGGCUUACCUAGACAGCCCAAAUACAACCAUUUAAAGGAACUCCAUAUGGCCAUAAAGCUAUGUGGGCAUGCUUUGGUCAACGCUGAUCCUAAAGUAACGAAUUUGGGAAACUACGAACAGGCGCAUGUAUUUGCUACAAAGUCAGGCCGCUGUGCAGCGUUUUUAUCGAAUUACCACUGGGACACAAGUGCAAGGGUGACAUUCAACAAAAUGCACUAUGAUCUGCCCCCUUGGUCGAUCAGCAUACUACCCGAUUGCAAGACAGUUGCGUUCAACACUGGCACUAUGAGAUCAAAAAAAUCUUUGCCACAAAUGUUGCCUACAAACGUCCCGAUGCUCUCGUGGGAGUCAUUCAAUGAGGACAUAUUCUCCAGCGAUGGCGAUGCAAGAAUUACAGUUUUUGGUCUUUUGGAGCAAUUAAAUGUCACUAGAGAUGCUAGUGACUAUCUAUGGUAUACGACCAGUGUCCAGAUAAGUCCGAGUGAAUCUUUUCUACAUGGAGGGCAGGGUCCGGUUCUCUCAGUAAAUUCCGCAGGCCACGCUUUGCAUGUUUUUGUAAAUGGAAAAUUCUUAGGAUCAGCCUUUGGAACUCAAGAAAACAAAAAAUUCACUUUCUCGAAAUCUGCCAAUUUCCACGCUGGAGUAAACAGCGUCGCGCUGCUUAGUGUGAACGUGGGGUUACCGAACAUAGGCCACCGUUUUGAAACAUGGAGCACUGGAGUCCUCGGACCUGUUACCUUACACGGGCUAGACCAUGGUACACGAGACUUGUCACGACAAAAAUGGUCUUACAAGGUUGGAAUGAAAGGAGAAGCUAUAGACUUGUAUUCGCCAAGUAAAAUAUCGUCCGUUGAUUGGAUGAAAGCACCGCUCGCAGCAAACAGGCAACAGCCACUAACGUGGUGCAAGGCAUACUUCAACGCACCAAAUGGGAACGAGCCGUUGGCUUUGGACAUGAGUAGCAUGGGAAAGGGGCAAGUGUGGAUCAACGGGCAGAGCAUCGGAAGAUACUGGACAACCUACGCGAAGGGGCAGUGCAGCGGUUGUAGGUACGAAGGAACGUAUCGACAAGAAAAGUGCCAAGAUGGAUGUGGGAAGCCAACACAAAGAUGGUACCAUGUUCCAAGGUCAUGGCUGAAGCCCACCCAAAAUUUGUUGAUUGUUUUUGAGGAAAUUGGUGGCGAUGCUUCCAAGAUUUCCCUUGUUAAAAGAUCACUUGCUUAUGUAUAGAACUUAGAUGGAUAGAUUAUUAUUAAAAAAAGCUCCAAAUUUGAAUACUCCAUUCUUUGUAAAUUAUGGAUAUUCUUGAAACACCGAUGUAAUAUGCAAGGAAAAGAGGAAUAUUUGAUUUGUAAAUUA